GAUACGUACUUGCCAGGGUGAGUCACGAGUUGUUGGCUUGUUGGCUUGAUACUGUGAUGCACUGGGCUACGAGAAGUUUUAAAUUUAUGUUUCAGCGCCUGAAGCAACCCUUGAUGAUCUCGUCCUUGAAAAGGGUUUCUAUCUACCGGCGUCGCAGUCCCUGGUUGAUGCAUUCUUUCUUCUAGAUGAAAACUCUAUUCCGAGACUAUAUACAACUACUACUUCUUCUCCAAGGCUAAAACCACCCUCAGGCUGCUGGUGCCAGAUAUUAAGAUAGACCUCCCUGACAUUCUCUCAUCUUCCCAAAUUUUGGGUCAUGUCCUCCUAUACCCCACACACAGAUUUGCCGCUUGAACGGUCUCGUCUUAUUGGAAUGAUUUUGGGGGGUGUAUCCUACGGCGUAUACCUUCUCCUUACUGUACAAGCGGUGACUGCCCUCAUGCAACGUUCCCAACAUGGGCAAAAAAUUGCAGAUAAUCGGCGUAUGCUUCUUUGUUACACCCUCAUCACGUUCACACUUUCGACGAUAUGCUUUGCUUGCACUUUGAAAUAUACGGAGAUAAUUUGGAUAGACCUUCGCGAUGCACCUGGCGGCCCCAUUGCGCUGAUCAAGAACGCGAUGCACUACCGUAUCAACUUUGUGGCAAUGCUCUGUGGUUACACCACGGAGUGGUUUAUGCAAGCACUACUUCUUUACCGAUGUUUUGUGAUAUGGAAUGGGGUGAGACACGUGAUGAUCCCAAUGUUCGUCGUCUAUAUUGGCAUGAUUGCAGUAGCCGUGACCGUCUUGGUCCGGGCGGGUGCCGGGGCUUCAUUUUACAGUAUCGACGCUGCACUUGCAUAUCAUGCCUUCCUAGGGGCGAAUACCGUGCUUUAUUCCAUUCUCGUGGUAAAACGUCUGGUCUCCAUGCGAAACGAGAUGAAGGCAGCGUUGGCUGAAUAUGAUUCUAGCACCUAUGAUAGCGUCAUCCUCAUGGUCAUCGAGUCCGCCAUGGUAUACAGUGUCUUCGCCAUCGUCUACAUAGUCGCAUUUUCCAUGGAAUCAAACUCUCUCUCUACAAUAUGCUUCCUGUCUAUUUAUCAAGUUCAAGGCAUUACACAAUUAUUUAUUAUCAUACGUGUGGCACGGGGAAGGGCAGUUACACAUGAGUGGUCGACUCCACAUGCUCCAGCAGCACCUACGAUUCUAGCAUUCGCAGGGGAUUCAUCUAUCCCAGAAGAAGGAACCAACGUGGCGCAAGCAACCAGGCCAGGGCAGGCCAGUGUCAGCGGGUCGAGUUCUGUUUAGGCGAAGUCGGCGGAAGCACAUGUAUAGCGUGCCGCACUCUAUUUAUUUAUCAAGUUUAUCUUCUGCGUCACACCUCUUUGUAACUUUAUAGACAUUCGGUCGCUGGCUCAUGUAUCACCCUCGUAGCAGGAUAGUACGUCGGGAGU